AAGCCCAGAUCACGCCACCCAGCCCAGCCUUCCUGGGGAUGGAGCCGAACCACACGUACCUGCAGCCUGCACAGCCCACACUAGCAGAUGAUGGAGAUUACAAAUGUGUGAUAGACGUCUCUGAUGUGGCCCUGGAUGGUGCCACGCUACUCAUCUGCCCAUGCGGGCUGGUGGGGAAUGGGGCCGUCCUCUGGCUCCUUGGCUUCCGCAUCCGCAGGAAUCCCAUUACCGUCUACAUCCUCAACCUGGCCUUUGCAGACUUCACCUUCCUCCUCUUCAUGCUCACCUCAGCCCUGUUAUACAUCAUGGAGAACGUCUCCUGCUCCACUUUAGAGUUCUUGAACUACCUGAGGCCACUUUUCCUGUUGUCUCUCUUUGCCUACAACAUGGGCUUAUAUCUCCUGACAGCCAUCAGCGUUGAGAGGUGUGUGUCCAUCCUGUGCCCACUCUGGUAUCGUUGCCGCCGUCCCGAGCACUUGUCAACCACUGUAUGUGCCCUGCUCUGGGCUCUCUCUGUCUCUGUAAUUGCUGUAGUGACUUCUCUCUGCAUGUCUCACCAACCUGAACACUGCCAACUGGCUCUCAUCUCUAUGUAUGUCCUCAAUUUCUUCAUCUUUGCUCCACCCAUGGUCCUCUUCAGCACAAUCCUGUUCAUUAAGGUCCGAUGUGGCCCCCGGCGCCAUCACCCUGGGAAGCUCUAUGUCGUUAUCUUCUUCACAGUCCUCUUCUUCCUUCUCUUUGCUCUUCCCCUCAGCAUCUGGAACUUCCUACAGCAGUUUAACUAUGUCACUGGGCAGUCCCAGAUUGUUUUCUUGCUGGUCUGUAUCAACAGCAGCAUCAACCCGUUUAUCUACUUCCUGGUGGGGAGCUACAAGAGGCAUUGCUCCUUGGUCUCUUUGAAGGUCGCCUUCCAGACGGUCUUUGAGGAAACGGUGGUUACCACCAUCUCCAGCUAA